AUGACGGACCAAGCUCCGCUAGGUCCUGCAGGCAUACCAGUCCCGGACGACGGAGCGAGCAACCUGAGCAUGUCCUUUGAUGGUAAUGCUCCAGGUGAGGACGCCGCUCCCCGGCUCCCGUUGACCACAACGGCACUAAGGCUACACGACCAUAGGCUCUUUCAGAAAGGUGCAGUUUCCGAGGCCGGUGUCACCACCGGUGCCUCGAGUCGUCAGACUGCAUCCGCGCCUUGGCAGGUUGUGUCCCCUAGUGCCAGACAACCACCGGCCAGCCUUCCGAUAGCAGCCGGAGGAAGCUCAUCCCAAGAUGUUAGUCCGUCAGCUCAGAGUCUUUUCCAACCGACCUCCUCGACUAUGAACAGUUUGACAAUCGGCGAUCAGCGAAUCCUGCAAAAUCAAGCAAACAUUAGCAAUGUGUUUGUUCAGAACGACAGGUCGCCGUUACUCGAGCAAAUAGCUGAACAUCGCCACAACCAGAUCAUUGGUCAGAUCGCAAACAAUUUUCAGGAGCAACUUCAAGCAAUGGGCAUGAAUGUCAUGUCGGGAGUGUCGCAACUUAGAGUUGAACUUGCUCAGGCCGAAACCAGAUUAGGUAGUGAGGAAACGCAGGCCAGACAGAGAUUGGCAACAGGUCAGUCGCAGCUUGACUCGCAGGCCAAUGAAAUCAACGUGGCACGAGGUGAAGCUCAAGCUUUGGCCCAAAGAUUAUGCGCUGCUGAGAGCCACGCUGACGCUACCUACGCUAGGUUGCGUGAUCAACUUCACCAAGCGGAAGCUAAGGCCGUAAGCAACGCGGAUCUCCUCAAUGCUGAAAUGGACAGUGCCCGUGUCGCCGCUGCUCAGGCAACACAUGCAGUUCAGGCGACAUCUGAGGUCGAGAUCUCACGCUUGACUGCUGAAGUUAGGGAUUUCAGGGUGAUGAUGAGCCAUGAGUCAGAGAAAAGAAAGAUGGCUGAAAAGGAGAACGCUGAACUGAAGUCGCAGCUAAACCAGGCCAUAGCAGCUCUGCAGGCUCAUGCAAGCGCAACGGGGUCCGCCCCAUCUGCGCCACCGGGUCUGAUCCCUACCUAUCCCAUCAAUACUCCGCCUCAGGACGCCAAAGGGUCAAGGCCCCGACGCCACACUGACGGGGGAGGCCCCGAUGGAGAUGAUGAUGGCAGCGAUGAUGAUGACUCGAGCAGCAGUCAUAGAAAGAAAAAGAGCAAGAAGAAAGACAAGAAAAGCAAGAAGAGGGAUUCCAGUUCCUCUUCUGAUCUCUCGCCUAAGCAGCUCAAGGCAAUCAUCAAGCAACUUGCCAAAGGAAAGACUAACGAGAAGGAGGAAGUUGAUGAGGAUGUUAACAAGACCAAAUCCAAGGAGGCCGAGAAGAUCCUGUUCCCCAAGUUCCCGACACCUGAACAGUACAGGAACUGGCGGAUUAGGGUUCGUGAAGCUGUAGUCACUGUAGUCGCAGCGUCCAAUAAGCCGGAUGAAGCUUUUGAAUGGCUUUCGAAGGUAUGGGACAAGGACUCUAAGGAAGAGGAAUUGAGAGACACAGGUGGUUUCUCCACUCUCGAUGCCAAGGUCUUGUUGGCAGUGACAAAUGUCCUUGAAGGUGACUUCGCGCGCCAAAUGGACACCCUCAAGGAGAGGGAGGCUCACGCCGGGAGGCUAGUGAGGGGUAGACAAAUCCUGUUUCUCCUUCAUCAGCACUUUGCUACCAACAUCCUGCGCAAUUCCGUGUAUGACAUGGAAGACCUCCUUUCUGUGACGUUGGUAAACGAAAACCUUGUGAUGUUCGUUAGGAACUGGGACACGGUGCUUUCGGGCAUUCAGACCACCCCCGAAGACAAGGUUCUCGAACCGCUCUUUCAUAGGCAGGUAAAGAAAUGCAAAGCACUUCAGCAUGAUAUUGCCAUUUAUGAAAGGGCUGCCGAAGGCUCCAGUGAAAGGUCGUUUAAAUUUCUCUACGAUGCCGCCAAUAGCCACUUGAAUCGCAAAAGGCUCGAGAGGAACAGGGAGCGGAUUGCUAAGCAAACUGGAGCUCCUGCCGUGGGAGAAGUCCUUCUAGACCCAACUCCCCGUCAGGAAAGUCUCGAGUGUGCAAGUUCUACAAACAAGGUCGUUGCGACCGUGGAGAGAGCCGACGCUUUUACUCUCCGGAAGGAUGAGUCGUACUGGUAUGACAAGAAGUGGUCUGUUGACUACACUCCCAAGCCAGACAAUCAAUCCACCAGAGAUGCACUAAUGGUUCAAUUAUCAUCAGAGUCGCCACCCAUCGAAUGGAUAGGUGACACAGGGAGUGCUCAGGAUCUCAUCUCAGAGCGGGAGCUUGUGAAUCUGCGUCCGUACGAAUCGGACUGCCCGAUCAACAUUUGCACUGCGAAUGGACCGAGUGACAAGGUUUUCCUUGAUGUGAAGGAUAACGUUCCGUACUUGAAGUCUUGGAAGGAAGGUAUCGCUUGUCCUGCCCAUGCAAGACACGAGUCUACUAGGAACGAUACGGACAAUGUUGUUGAGACCAUCACCAACCCAGAACAGGUGGCCGCGCAACUUAUCCAGGAGCAGGAUUUCUCCCAUCAGGCAUGCUUGCGAUUGCUGAAGGACUCAAACUUUAAGCAAUCCAGGUUCAACAGGAAAGCCAUCAAACCGAAGGACAGUAAGGACUCGAAGUACAUGAUCUUCGGGGCUUUUUCACAUGGUGGGAUGCAAGGAAUAACCAAUCGCACUCAUUCCUACCCCAAGGUGAUUAAGUACCUUCUGUCCUAUCUUAAACAUCAUGGAGCGGAUGGCCCAAUAACAUCGAUUGCUGUCAAUCAGAACUCAGGCGUUAAAAUGCACAAGGAUGUCAACAAUCACCGUGAACACCUCAACUACACCAUUGCAAUCGGCGAUUUCACCGGAGGCGAAUUGUGGAUUCACGAUGACACCAUCCGGAAGGAUGAGCCAGGUUGCAUCAACAAGAUCGCCCCCACUGGUGCCAAACUGGGAGGUCGUUUGCGCAGGUCAAAGUCGAAGGUCAUUUCCUUCGAUCCGAAGACUUUCCAUUGUGUCACUCCCUGGAAGGGCGAGCGUUGGAGCAUCACGGGAUACGUCAAUCGCGCUGUGCACAGAUUGGACUCGCAUCAGCUAGAGAAGCUUAAGUCACUGGGGUUCUUGCUGCCGAAACAGAAGGACUUCCCUCCAGCUGUGCCUGCAGAAAUCGAUGAGGAGAUGACUCUUUACGAGUUAGCUACUAUGGAUCCUCCAGCUCCGGCCCCAGAACCGAAAAGCAAGCCUAAAGUGAAGUUGAAGAAGAAGCCUGAGGAACCCUCAGACAAGAAGAAAAUUGCCAAAGAAGCCUCCAAAGCCGAACCACCUUCGGAUGAACCAGAUUGGUCAAAAGUUGAGGGGUUAUUGAAAGAAGCUGUUGCCCCCAUCCCUUCAUCUCCAGAUGAAGAGUUCCUUGAUGAAGCGGAACUGGUCAGGUCGCCGAAACCCGAUUCAGGUGAGCCGAGCGUACUCCCUCCUCCUCCGGAAGGAGAGAGGCAUGCUCCGGAUGGGGAUCCUGGUGAGGGUAGUGGUGGGGAAGGCAAGAGGUCGAGGCGCAUUGAGAACUUGAAGAAGGAAGCAAAGUCAGCUGCGCAUCUCAUGACGCACCUUCCCAAAAAUCCAUUCUGCGAUGUCUGCCAAAGAGCUAAGAUGUACAAGCCGCCUUCGUACCAAACGGAUGGCUGGCACAGCGUCGAAGCUAAGGCGUUUGGAGACCAUAUCACUGCGGAUCACAUCAUCGUGUACCGUGAUAGGGAUACGGUUAUAGAAGAAUCCAGAUUGGCCCUCGUACUGAAGGAUGUUGCAACUUCUUUUACGUAUGCCUACCCUUCAGCACUGAGGUCAGAGGAUGAGUGCAUUGCAGCAUUGCAACAUUUCGUUUCCUCCUCUGACGAGAUAGGGGUAUUCUACAGCGAUCAAGCGAAAGAACUCAUCUCUGCCGCCAAGUUCUUAGGUAUGAACGUGUGCAACAAGGUCUCGCGGCCGACGCUCUUGAGCGCCCAGCAACGGAGUCACUCCACAAUCAGGACGCUGAGCUCUCCGCUGAACAGGCCCUCUGCAGUAGCUAAUCCGGUUAAAGAUGAAUGGACAAUUCGGGGGGAUAAGCUCAUCCGCUUUCACUACUCUCCGAGACGUGAAUUGUUCUCCCCUGAUCUCACUGAUUGUCCUGUUCCUAUCUCCGCUCUUGGCAAAGAGAGAUUGACCAAAAUCAUGCCAAUUGGAGGUACGGACAUCAUAGCCGAUUGUGAUGAAUGGCGUCAUGUACGCAAGCGCAACAAGAAGCUCAGCUUCAAAUGGGUUGGUCGUACUGAGUUCGACAUCCUUACCAAGCCCCACACUUCGGAAGAAGCUGUUAAAGAUUUCCCAUGUAUGCCUACAGUUCCCAUGUCCAAUCAUCAACAUAGGGACAAGAUCCCUGUUUCCCGCGCUCUCACUGCCGAGCAAGUUCAGGAAGCUAUGGCUAUGGUUGCCAGGCCAGUAGGAAGAAAAGAGCUGUUAGCUGAUCCUCAGGCCCAAGCUUCUCUUGACGUUGAAUGGGAAAAGUUGAUGAAGAAGAAAGCCUGGGACAUGUCAUCUGUUCGUGAAUGGGAAGACGUCUCUAAAGAGGCAGCCAAAAGAGGUUCUGAGGCCGCGCCAGACGAGCUCUGGGACACGGGGGGUGCUAAGCACAAACGUGAUCAAUUAUGGAACAGUCCAGAAGUGGAGAGCCUAAUCUACUCAAUGAAGUGGGGGUAUCACCUCGACCAGCUCAUCGAUGAGGCGCUCAAGCACCUUAACGAGGCGAGGGAUCACCACCCGGAAGGGGCGGCUACUCACAUCAUUUUUGGAUGGUCAGGAAACGAUGUAUGGGGCCAACACGGCUAUCAUGGCUACACUUGGCAUCUUCAGAGCAAGUUCACAAAACGAACAGCCGAGGAGCUCGAGCAGAUUGACACUUGGCCUGCAAAGCAGAAACUUCGAUGCACCAUCAUUGAUCCUGUGGAGCUCUACGAGCAGACCAGCAGGCCUGAUGGCUUCCACGCUGACGCGUCGGAUCAAAAUCUGCAGAGCACCCUUAGGUGGCACGCGGCGAUGCUCCGCGGCAUUCUCACAGAUUACCGCCUUCUCGCUGUUGAACAGCAACUCAUCGCAAACCAAAAAGAGGCCGUUUUUCAUGCACACUUUGUGUUGAACAAGCCCGAACCGUUCCUCACCGUGCCCCCUGCGUCCGGGAGAAUCCUUUCCAAGAUUGUUGAUUCACCGGACCCACCUCUGGCGAGGGAGGCAGAAGAGGAGAUUGUGUUGGCCGGCCCACUCCUGGCGGAGGCGGAGUACGAAGUCGUCAACGAUGACUCGGCUCAGAGCUGCAAUCCGCAGCCCAUCACUGAGUUCGACUUUGCCAGGAAUGACACCAGGCCCGGCGCAGGUUGUGUCCUCGCGAUUGAAGACAGCGACCCGAUCAAUGUUGUCGCUGAGGAACACCUUGUCAUGGCCAACCAAGCGGCAGAGGGUAUCACGCAGGAAGAACUCACCGCGGUCGCGGCUGAAGAGGAAAUUACCCUCCUUAGCCAAUUCGUGGAGCAGGAUGAUGAUCCCUAUGAGAAUGCCGACACCUACUCUUUGAAGAAAGCUGAGGUGGUCGCGCCCCCUUCUCCCGUGGUCGUCAUCAGUGACCCCGACGCCCCUCAGCCGAGCGAGGCCGUUGCACAGGCACCCCUUGUCCCCAAGGCAAAGCCGAGGCCUCCCACGCUGCCGCGUUGGGUUACCGCUGAUCAGCUCCCUGAUUUGCCGGAUGAUUACCUCACGGAGAACGCCCGGGUCUGCUUGUCGAAGAAGAUGUCCUUUCUCGCCCGGGGAUUCGCCAAUCGGCGAGCGCCAGAAAUGGCGGUCCACAUCUCAGCCAGGGACAAUUCUAUUGAAUGGUCCGAAUUUUUCGAGAAGUUGGGAAUGAUGUGGAGAGGCCUUCGUGUGGAGCACGUGGUGGACGUCCUCAAAUCCACUCACGACAAAGUGCGGUUCGAAGUCAAGGUUGUCAUUAAACCCGACAGGGAGGUCCAGCUGCGUGCCUUUAGAGCGAUUCAGGGGCACGACGGCAUACUCCUCUCGGAAGAGACGGACGUGAUGGCACUGAACACUCACUCGUACCAUCUGUCCCCUCUUUGGCAACCCAACUUGGCAAACAGGCCCAGGGUGGGAACCACUGGUUACACCAGCGAGGCCUUGAAGGGCCAUUUGGACGAUUGGUCGGAGGAGGGUUGCUACCUUGACUAUCUCGAAAGCCUCCAGACCAGGCUCAACUUCCAUGAGUACCGGCACUACAUCACUGACAUGACAAGGCCGUACCAAAUCGCCCAUGAAGAGAACCUCACGGUUGAAGAUGAGAUCAUCAGGCUCGAGGACCUCAAGUUCGCCGACAACGCACCGCGGCCCGAGCCACUGGCGGAAGCCAAGUGGGGUUCCACGCUCAAGGUGUGGUUCUCCGCAAAGGGCAUCCGAGUGGAUCGAAAGUACCGCUCCGAGCUCGACCAUUUCAUCGUCCAGGAACUUGUUUCCUUUCCCUGGUUUUACUGCACCAGUUGCCGUAAACAUUACAUCGAUGGAAUGAUUGAGUGCCAGUUCUGCGGCUCCAGAAUCGCGGCUGAGAGUGACAUGGCACAUGUUGCUGAACCCAGCAAACGACGCCUGGAGUCCUCCCGGAAGGGACGGAACAUCGACAUCAUGUCGAUCGCCCCCCGGCCGGGGUUGGCCAUGAACCGGCACCGCGCAGAGCGAGGAGCGCGCGAAGCACAAGAUCAAAGUCUCCCCGCAGCAGUGCGCAGCAAGUGUGUGAGCAUGAGAAAAUCGGCAAUGAAGAGGGGAGGCCAGUCGAUCGCUGACGCUCUCACCAAUCCCCUCGACGCCUACAAUUUUGCGUCCCGUGGUAUGGGUAUCACUUCAUUGGCCCAGCUGGACUUGUUCGCCCAUUUGCACAAUCCAGCACCCGGGGCUGAUGCCAACGAGAGGAGAGCAUUCGCUGGCACUCACCGGGCUGACGCCAGAGUCUCAAUCGCCUAUCGUCCGGGAGACGACCGAGUCUCAUUGGAUGAAGCUUUCUUUGUGGCCUUCCAGUCAAGGCUCUAUCUCAUUGACGAGAUAUCCAUGAUCAUUUACGCCACCCAGCAGUCCCCGGAAGGGCGACAGAGACCUUUCACGAUUCUCUCUUACGAUGGUGACUUGUUCACACCAAGGGAAGGCACCGUCUCAGAAGUGAUGGCGGAGAUCAGCCGUUUCUUCCAGGAUCAACUUCCCCUGAGCGGAAGCCGUCAGGAUCCUGCACCACGCCACGUGGACUUGGCUCGAUCUCUCCGCAUCCCUGACGGGUUUGCUUGCCUCGGUCAGACCCAAUUGAAUGAGCUGCUCCGCGAUACCAGGUUUUACCAGCGGUAUCUGCACUCCAACCGUGUCGAGCCGGAGUGGAUUCGUCCCACGAGAGCGUCCUCACUCGGAAUGAUGCGACCUCCUCCUCCUCCCACAGCUGAUCGCAGAAGCUCAGCGCCGGCCCGUCGCCCAGCGGAAGCUGAAGGCUACCGCCCACCGACAGCAAAGUAUGGGCCUUCUAUGGGAGCGAGGGAGCGCACGCCGUCGAGAACUACUUCGAGGGGCAGAUCUCCAGGUCUCAGCUCAGCAAUGCCUGAGAGGCCACCGCCACAGCGCAGGGCGUCGACCCCGCGGCCUCCGCCAGUGCGACGCCCAGGUUCCCCUGGAGAGGUGCGCACAUCCCGCAGACGCGUGGAUCCCACUGGACCAAGCAUGACGGAAGGAGAAUGGUUGGCUGAGAGGCGCAGCCGAGUCGAUGUCGAGAUUGGGAAAAGGCUCAACAUUCUCCAGGAGCUCUUUGCUGACCUUCCAGAGCACUACCCUUUCGACCAUGAUGGUGAUCUCAUCGACCCGACGCGGACGCGCUCGAGCACCUGGACCCUUCUUGACGGGUACUACUGGGCCAUGCUCAAAGCCCGGGACGCGCACUGGGUGUCGGAAGAAGAAGUGGUGAACGCCCUUCCUGCUUGGGGAAACCCGGGGGGGAUCGUCGUCUACGACUACGACCACGUGUUGUGGUAUCUCAGAGGAUGGAAACACCACGUCAUGAAUCCACACACUGGUGUGCAAGAGAGGCGGUACUAA